AGAAAAUAACAAAAAAUAGAAAAAUUUGUUGAAAUAUGUUCAUCAUCUUCUUCCUCUCAAUCUUCUUUUGAUUCCUAGCUUCAAUCCAAACCCUCAAAUUCUUUUUUUUUGCGAAGUUCGGGAGAAACCGAGGAAGAAAACAUGGGUGGGGUGACAUCAUCAAUGGCUGCCAAGUUUGCCUUCUUUCCACCCAAUCCACCUUCGUACAAGCUAAUUAAGGAUGAAGCAACUGAUAUUUUGCUGCUGGACCCUUUCCCUCACCGCGAAAACGUCGACGUUUUGCGGCUCCCAACUCGCCGCGGCAAUGAAAUCGUUGCUGUUUAUGUUAGGUACCCCAUGGCGACGUCGACUCUGCUUUAUUCUCAUGGGAACGCUGCUGAUAUUGGCCAAAUGUAUGAGCUUUUCAUCGAGCUCAGUAUCCACUUAAGGGUCAAUCUCAUGGGGUAUGACUACUCUGGCUAUGGACAAUCGUCGGGAAAGCCGAGCGAGCAGAAUACGUAUGCGGAUAUUGAAGCUGCAUAUAAGUGUCUUGAAGAGAAUUAUUGUGCCAAGCAAGAAAAUAUCAUCCUAUAUGGUCAGUCUGUUGGAAGUGGUCCUACUGUGGAUCUUGCUGCUCGUUUACCUCGCCUAAGAGCUGUUGUUCUGCAUAGUCCUAUAUUAUCUGGGUUAAGAGUCAUGUAUCCUGUUAAGCGCUCUUACUGGUUUGACAUCUACAAGAAUAUCGACAAAAUCUCAUUGGUAAAGUGUCCUGUGCUGAUAAUUCACGGAACUAAUGAUGAUGUUGUUGAUUGCUCUCAUGGGAAGCAACUUUGGGAACUGUGCCAAGAGAAAUAUGAACCAUUAUGGGUGAAAGGAGGAAACCACUGUGAUUUGGAACUCUACCCCGAUUAUAUUCGGCAUCUCAAGAAAUUCAUCUCAACUGUUGAGAAGUCACCUUUCCGAAGAAAUGCUUACCGGAAAAGUACUGAUGGUAUUGAACAAUCUAGGAAAAGUACCGAAUAUUUUGAGGCUCCAAGAAGAAGCAUCGACCGCAGGGACAAACCUAGGAAAACCACUGACACCCGGGACAAGCCUCGGAAAAGUACUGAUACCCGAGACAAGCCAAGGAAAAGCGUUGAUAGGCCUGAAAAGUUUAAACUUCAUGAGUAUAACAAGCUUAAUAACAUGGAGAAGCUUGAAAAGCUUAAAACAUCGUUAGACCAGAUGGAAAGGAUGGAGAGAUCACGACGAAGUGUGGAAUACUUCGAUAAAUCCCGGACAAGCAUCGACGUCCAGCUAGAGAAAGGAAGGAAGAGCGUUGAUUGGAUAGACAGAAUCCCAGCUGUUUAGAACUGGUUCGGCUGUUCUUUCAUCGAUCGGGGGAAGGAAUUAUAUAGAAAACUGAAACAGAUAAAAAAAAUGGUUGAAUUGGUUUGGGACUAAUAACUUAAUUGCUUUAGAACUCGUAAUUUGAAUCUUCGAAAGCGGCGGUGUUUACGGAUUGUAGGUGUCGCAAUGGCCGGACAAAAUACGGUUACGAAAGGUAGGGUUUGGUAUAUGUUUUAGAUUUGCUCUUCUUUGAUUUUGAAUGAAAAGAAGAAGAGAAUCUAACCUGCAUGUUCAUGUUGUGGAAAACUGGAAAGCUUGUAAUUAACAACUAUUUUUUCACUAUAGUUUUCAGAGUU